AUGUCAGCAGUAUGUCUCGUGAAACAGAAAGAUGCAAUGAGUAUUCGCGAUGCGAUGAGUAUCAUGCUGGUUGUAUAUCAGAGGCCUAAAAGGAACCAAAGAGGGUGCAUUGAUGAUCCAUUGACACUAGGCCCAAGGGGAGAGGAGAAGGCAAACGGGGAGACGAGAAGGCCCAAGGGGAGAGGAGAAAGCAAACGGGGAGACGAGAAGGCCCGAGGGAAAACGAGGAGGCCCAAGUGGAGACGAGGAGGUGCAUCUCUGCUUGUUUAAGGUCUUAAACCCAGACUGUUAUCAUGGGACGAUCACUAUACAGGGGUUAUUUACUAUUUUGUUCCAUCUGGCUGAGUAUGAUCGUCCUUAUGGCUUACAUAACGUCCGUGCCAAUGACUAACAACCAGGAAUACGAACAACUUAAUUUGAAAAAUGAAAUUAAUAAUUUGAAGUUAGAAAAUAGUAAAUUGAAGAUGAAAUUUGGGAAAACACUUACGAUGAAAAUGUCAUCAAAAUCCACACUCAUUGAACCUAAACUGCCAUACACCAUGAAUGACUUCCUUCUUCGGGACCACAUAAAGGAGCUGAAGUUUUUCCUACAGAAAAAGCUAAAAGAUCAGCCACAUCUGUCAAAAGAUAUAAACAAUCGCUUCCAGGAUAUCGUGUCGAUGGACAAAAGGGCUCAAGAUACAAAUGGCUUCAGUGAGUGGCGACAGAAAGAAUCUGAUGCCCUCCAUAAUAUGAUUAAGACUAGAUUACACACAUUGCAGCAUCCCAAAGACUGCAGUACAGCGAAAGUAGUUCAGUGUAAACUAAAGGAUGGCUGUGGAUUUGGCUGUGGUGUCCAUCAUCUCUUAUAUUGUCUUAUUAUGGCAUAUGCCCUGCAAAGGACUUUGAUUAUAGAUGAUGGAAAGUUUAGAUAUUCUAAAGAUGGUCUUAAAGAGUUCCUCAGACCUGUCACCCCAUGCACCGUUGGCGAUUUACCAAUGUCAGUGGGUGAGAUAUAUAUGAAUACGCUCAACUCCGAUAGAGCACAAAGUGAUAUCAUUGCAAAUAAACAGGCGGUUGCUUUGCCAUUAAUUGAUGGGUUCGGAGGAGAGCUGAGUAAAUAUCUUCCUUAUUCUGUUCCUCGAGAUCUAGGUGAACGUCUCAUGAAUAUUCAUGGUCAUCCCAUUGUAUGGUGGAUUGGCCACAUACUGUCAUACAUUAUGACACCAAAUGAGCAAUUCCAAAAGUAUUUAGAUGAUUUGAAAUCCCAGAUUCAAUUUAAGCACCCCAUUGUUGGGGUGCAUGUACGCAGAGGCGACAAGAUUGCCCAGGAAGCUGAAUUCCAUGCUUUGAGUGAAUAUAUGGAGAAAGUGGAUGAGUAUUUUAAGCAGUUAAAACAUGAUGGUGCUGACAUCAAUAAAAUGUAUGUAUAUAUUGCAACAGAUGAUCCGGGAGUGAUUAAAGAAGCUGAAACAAAAUAUCCACAAUACACAUAUGUUUUGAAUUCCACUAAUUCUAGGACUACAGGCCACGGAGGAUCACAAUAUACAAGUAUAGGCUUCCGUGGAAUCUUAACAGAUAUCCUUCUCUUAUCGCAGACUGAUUUCCUUGUUUGUACAUUUUCAUCCCAAGUCUGCAGAUGUGCCUAUGAAAUUAUGCAAACUCUACACAUAAAUGCUCACGAUCGAUUCCGAUCCCUUGAUGAUAGCUAUUACUUUGGUGGUUCGAAGGGGCCUAUUGAAGCCAAGGUUUUGUACGAUCAUAUUCCCGUUGAUGAUAAAGAAGUGGCAAUGACGGCCAAUGAUAUUGUUAAUAUAGCUGGCAAUCACUGGGAUGGAUUCUCAAUGGUGAUGUCAAAAGGAAAGAGAGGCUUAGUCCCAUCAUAUAAAAUACAGAAAAUCACCAAGCUUGUUCCUUUCCCAACAUAUACCAUUUAAAAGUCAAUAUACAUGUAGAUCAGGAUUUUAAGGUUUAAAUGCUUGUGCUAGUGUCUUAGAUUUAACCAUGGUAUGUCAAUAUAACAAUGGUGAAAAUAUUACAUUUAAUAAAAUAACACAAUUUUGA